UCCGCCCGGAUAAAAUACGACGAAGAAGAAAUCGUCAACAAGAAAUGCGAAAGUUUACCUGGGCUAUCACUUCACCUCGGUCUUUACAGUGACAGGGAUGAGCCCCCUAGCAGGGAGACGGUUUUCAUAUGUACUUUUCUUUCUAAUACUCUUGUCUGAAGGAUAUUUUCGAUGGGUUGAAGCCCAGCACUGUGUUUGGUACGGUGAGUGUGGCGCGUCUGAGAAGGUACCUGGAAAAAAGUACAACUGUAAUUACACCGGCCCCCCCCUCCCUCUGCAGCCCGACGGUCGUCAGCUUCUUACGGAGCUCUGUCCUGGGUAUGACUACGGGAGCCGAAGUCUCUGCUGUAAUGCGGACCAGCUGCGCACUCUCAAAGGAAGCCUGGAGCUGCCGCUUCAGUUCUUGUCUCGGUGUCCUGCCUGUUUCUUCAAUCUGAUGAACCUCUUCUGCGAGCUGACAUGCAGUCCCCACCAGAGUCAGUUUAUGAAUGGCACCAAGUUCAAUGCCUCCAAUGUAUUGGAAGUGCAGUACUACAUUGGACAAACAUUUACUAAUGCUAUGUACAAUGCCUGUAAGGAUGUCCAGGCACCAUCCAGCAACAUGAAGGCCCUGUCACUCCUUUGUGGCAAGGACGCCAGGGACUGCAAUGCAACCAACUGGAUCCAGUACAUGUUCAGUAUUGAUAAUGGACAGACUCCUUUUCCCAUCAUCCCCAUUUUCUCUGAUGUGCCUGUAUCUGGUUACACUCCCAUGAACAACAAGACAUAUGACUGCACAGAGGGCCUAGAGGACGGUUCAGGUCCCUGCUCCUGUCAGGACUGCGCAAAGGCCUGUGGCCCCACACCUGUUCCUCCUCCUCUGCCCCCUCCCUGGACGAUCCUUGGUAUGGAUGCCAUGUCUGUCAUCAUGUGGAUUUCUUACAUAGCCUUCUUGCUUAUCUUUGUCGGAGCUGUGUUGGGAGCUUGGUGUUACAGAAAAAGGACCAUUAUGUCAGAGUAUGGCCCCAUUUUGGACAGCAAUAACCCACUGUCUCUCAACAGUGAUAAUCCUGACCAAGUAAAUGCAUCCUGCUGUGAAACGCUGGGGGAACGCUUUGAGAAUCUCCUGAGGACGCUCUUCAGCUCCUGGGGUUCCUUCUGCGUGCGGUAUCCGUCUUUGGUCAUACUGGGCAGCCUGAUAGUGGUGGUGGCCUCCUCGGGGGGGCUGGUUUAUAUGCGCAUCACCACAGACCCAGUUGAUCUGUGGUCGUCUCCCACAAGCCAAGCUCGACAAGAAAAAAGCUACUUUGACAGCCACUUCGGACCCUUCUUUAGAACUGCACAGCUCAUCAUCACCACUCCAAUUAAAGACACCUUCAUUUACUCUCCAUAUUUUGGAGGGUCAGACGUCCCAUUUGGAGCUAUCUUGAGGAAAGACAUCUUGCAUCAGGUGCUGGAUCUGCAGCUUGACAUUGAAGCUCUGGUAGCCUCGCAUGAAGGCCAAAACAUCACGCUGAAGGACAUCUGCUUGGCUCCACUGGCCCCGUACAAUAACAACUGCACCAUCUUAAGUCUUCUCAACUACUUUCAGAACAGUCACACUACACUGGACCACAGCAUCGGGGAUGACUUUUUUAUCUAUGCUGACUAUCACAGCCACUUUCUCUACUGUGUCAGUGCACCAGCAUCCCUCAACGACACCACUCUCCUCCACGAUCCCUGCUUAGGAACCUUUGGCGGCCCAGUCUUCCCCUGGCUGGCCCUCGGGGGAUAUGAUGACACAAACUUCAACAACGCCACUGCUCUCGUCAUCACCUUUCCUAUCAACAAUUACCUGAACGACUCGGUCAGAUUGAACAAAGCUCUGGCUUGGGAAAAAGAAUUCAUCAAGUUCAUGAAGAACUACAAAAACCCAAACCUGACCAUAGCCUUCAGUGCAGAGAGAAGCGUAGAGGAUGAGAUCGACAGAGAGAGCAACAGUGACAUCAGCACCAUCGUGAUCAGCUACGCCAUCAUGUUCAUCUACAUCUCCCUGGCCUUGGGUCACAUCAACAGCUUCAGAAGACUGAUGGUGGACUCUAAGAUUUCUCUAGGUAUCGCAGGUAUCCUGAUUGUGUUGAGCUCUGUGUCCUCCUCUCUGGGCAUCUUCAGCUAUGCCGGUAUCCCGCUCACGCUCAUCGUCAUUGAAGUCAUACCCUUCCUCGUGCUGGCUGUUGGUGUCGACAACAUCUUUAUUAUAGUGCAGACAUACCAGAGGGAUGAAAGAAUGCCGCAGGAAGAGCUUCACCAGCAGAUUGGUCGCAUUCUUGGAGACAUAGCUCCCAGCAUGUUCCUCUCCUCCUUCUCAGAGACUGUGGCCUUCUUCCUUGGCGCCCUGUCCAACAUGCCUGCUGUGAGGACUUUCUCCCUGUUUGCUGGCUUGGCUGUUUUUAUUGAUUUCCUGUUGCAGAUCAGCUGCUUUGUGAGCUUGCUGGGCUUGGAUGCCAGAAGACAGGAGGGAAAUCGACCCGACAUCUGCUGCUGCGUGAAACUGCCAGAAGGUCAGGAGGUCAAAACACAGGGCUUCCUUUUCCGCUUUUUCAAGAAAGUCUACGCGCCAUUUGUCCUCAAAGAGUGGGUGCGACCGGUCGUGGUGGCAGUGUUUGUCGGCAUGCUGUCCUUCAGCAUUGCCGUGGUGGAUAAGGUGGAAAUUGGACUGGACCAGAAGUUAUCCAUGCCUGAUGACUCCUAUGUUCUGGACUACUUCAAGAACCUGAGCGAGUAUCUUCACACCGGUGCACCCGUGUACUUUGUGGUAGAGGAUGGUCUGAACUACAGCAGCCCAGAGGGGCAGAAUGCUGUGUGUGGAGGGGUGGGCUGUAACAACAACUCCCUGGUUCAGCAAGUCUAUACCGCCUCACUCAUGAGCAACUACACAACCAUUGCUUACACGCCAUCGUCCUGGCUGGAUGACUACUUUGACUGGGUGAAGCCUCAGUCAACUUGCUGUCGGUACUACAACACAUCUGGAACCUUCUGUAAUGCCUCAGUGGUGGACCCUUCCUGUGUAGCAUGUCGACCUUUGACUCCCAGUGGAAAGCAGAGGCCUACUGGAGAAGAAUUCAUGCAGUUUUUGCCCAUGUUCCUGUCUGAUAACCCCAAUGCCAAAUGUGGAAAAGGCGGCCAUGCGGCUUAUGCUUCAGCCGUAGACCUGUAUCCCAACAGCACAGGUGUUGGAGCCACUUACUUCAUGACUUACCACACCAUCCUGAAGGAGUCCCCAGACUUCAUAGAUGCUUUGAAAAUGGCUCGACUCCUGGCCGCCAACAUCAGUCAGUCCACGGGGCACAGAGUUUUUGCUUACAGUGUCUUCUACGUGUUCUACGAGCAGUACCUCACCAUCGCCCAUGACACAGCUCUGAACCUCAGCGUGUCGCUGGGCGCCAUAUUCGUGGUGACCACCGUGCUGUUGGGCUUCGAGCUGUGGUCGGCGGUGCUGGUCUGCCUCACGAUCGCCAUGAUCCUGGUCAACAUGUUCGGCGUCAUGUGGCUGUGGAACAUCAGCCUCAACGCAGUAUCUCUCGUAAACCUGGUCAUGAGCUGUGGCAUCUCGGUGGAGUUCUGCAGUCAUAUCGUACGAGCAUAUUCCAUCAGUGUAAAGAAGGACAGAGUGGAGCGGGCGGAGGAGGCCCUGGCUCACAUGGGGAGCUCGGUAUUCAGUGGGAUCACACUGACAAAGUUCGGCGGCAUCUUAAUCCUGGCGCUUUCCAAGUCGCAGAUCUUCCAGGUCUUCUACUUUAGGAUGUAUUUGGCCAUCGUCCUGCUGGGGGCCACGCAUGGCCUCAUAUUUCUCCCUGUUUUACUCAGCUAUAUAGGUCCAUCAGUGAACAAAGCAAAAGUGUUUGCUGCUAACCAGCGCUACGCUGGCACAGAAAGGGAGCACCUCCUCAACUACUAGAUGGCCACCUGGGACAUAAUGAACAAUGAGCUAACUAUUUGUCAGAGAGGGAUUGUGUGGGUGUGAGUGCCAACCGCUUCUGUGAUCACUGACACACUCAUCAUUGCUAUGCAUGGAACUAACUCAGGAAAAUACAAGGGAGUGCCAAAGCUUCCUUCGUCGAUAUCCUUAUUGAUUUUCCUCUGAAUCCGGCCCCUCCCCGCCCCGCCCCCUGCCCGCUCUCUUCGUCCUCCACUUCACACUACAGGACAAGCGUGACUUCAGUAUCUGAAGCUUGAGCAACAGAACAGACACUUUUGCCGAGCGGUUGGGACAUUCAUUUUCGCAACAUUAACUGACAACCGAUUCAAAAGGGUACAAACUGGUCCAUUCUCUUUUUUUAUGUAUAUGCAUUGACCAAAAAAAAAAAAAAGUGAAAUAAUUUUGUUGGGACAAGAAAGAAAAAGUUGGACUUUUGUAUAAUGGAUAUUGUGAAUCAUUUAAUGAGUUACGGAGGGCACAUUUAAUAGCAUCACAGGGCCUUGUAUCACAUGACAUUUCCAUGAAUGUUAGGCCAGGCUUUGUUUCCUUAUACAGUGUUUUGAUGUAUAUCAACUAUUAGUGCAUUUCCUUUGCAUCUUUUAAGUGUCUGGAAAGUGACGUUUUGGCUCAGGAGAACUUGACUUGCAAUCAAAGAAAGCCAUUUUGAGAAUAAUAUGGGUUUUUAAGCAAGUCCACAUCCAUGUUAGUGGAUAUGUUGUAGCACUCUGCCUGCAUGAAGCUCAUUAUUUCUCCACAUACUAGCAAUUAGUGCUUAAGAUGCUGCUUUCUACACCACUUUAUUUUUUCCCACUGUUUACUUUUUCCACUUUCUCAAAUUCAUUUUAAAACCCACUCCUUUACUUUUACUUUUGUGGCGUUUGCAUGAUUUCGAACAUUCACCAAUCUUCUACCUUCAAGAUCCAUGUUGAUGUCAGGUUUAAAAGGUGCUGUGGUGCUAAGAAGGAUUUUACGCUGAAGUGUGUCUAAAGCAUUUUAUAGUUACUGAACAAAUAGUUUAACAGAAAAAGCUAAACUCAACUGUUUUUUUUUUUUAAAAGCUCAUGGGGCUGAUUUAGAUCCAUUCCAUGCUCAUUUUUAUUGUUGGAAUUUAUUGCAUAAUAUUACAGUUAUGUUUUUCAUUUCUUUGCAUUUAAUUUAUUUUCUUUUUUAAGCUAUUAACAUUGCGUUGAUAUGUGUUGAUGCGUUUAAACCACUUCUGUGAAAGGAAUCACUCACUUAUCAAGUAAGUUCAAAAGAAAAUGUUGUCAUUAAUGAUAAUCCUCAUUCUGUCUUGUCGCCUCUAUGAGAUUAGAAGCGGUUCAUCAAGGUGGUGUAAUGCCACUAGUUUAAUUGGAAUAUAGCAGAUGUAUCUUUGGUAGAUGUCAGCAUUUGACACAAUGUGAGUUUUUCUUUCCCCUCAAGAAAUGUUAAUGUUUUUUUGUUUUUUUUGUGAUGUAUGAAAGAAUGAUUCAUAGAGUUGUGGGAAACAUUUCCUGUCCCUGUUGAAGUAAUUGUACAGUGACAACUCUGACACUGAAAAGGAGAUUGGAUACUUUAGUUUUUAACAAUUUUAACACAUUUAUUAAAGGGUGCUCCAAAAAAUAGUCCACAGCCUACUUCUGCAUGUUAAAUUCCAAAGAAUAUACCUGCGUCAGCCAGCGUUUGCCUCAUGUGAGUGGAUAUGAGAGCGGUUAUUGGGUCCAAAAGGUGUUAUUUGCAACCUAACCUUGUGCCUAACAGUGGAACCUGCAGCUGAGCUGUCUCAGACCAGCCACAGUGUGGCGCCUGAACCAUUCGCUCUGCUCCGCCUGUAUUCUUUCAAUAAUGUAGAGGCGGUGACCUCGAUUUUUGUGAUUUGAAGAGAAGCAUCCUCGCAGUGCUUUUAGUUUGUCACUGAAUUCAUUUUUCUGUAGCAGAAUUGUCUUUAAAACAUAAAGGCAGCAACAGUCUGGUCACUAAAACAGCAGCAUAGAGCUGGCCGUUCUCCCUGUUAAUUGGCAGCAUUUGGAUCUGAACCCCCGGCACUUGAGGGGCCAUCGUUCGCUGACAUCCCAUUCGAAAGCUGCUGCCAAGAGGGGAUCCGUCUACUUCCUCUCACACUGUGUUGUUUUGACUGCCUGCUCAGCCCUGUUGUCACACAAACCUGCAGCUCAUGACUUAUUUAUCCGCUGCCCAGCGAGAGAGAGCUGACUGUCCUUUUGAGUGCAGCCGAGAGAUUAAAAAAUUAAUUUCCUCUGCCGGUCUGCUCUGUGUCUGCCGGGCAGAAUAUACAGGUUGUCAGAGCCCUACUAUGUAAGAUGUUCAAGGCUGUGCUCGUACUCUUUGUUGACCUAUCCCCGAUCGUCCAUUAUGGAGGAGACCAGCUGCACAGCGAGGCACCAGCUCAGUGAGGCUAAAGAAACACUGAAGGAGAAGAGUAGCCAAUAUGGAAACUGCAAUCUUUGCUGCCAGUUGUAGGAAAUAAGACUCAUGUUUUAGAUUUUCCAAAAAUGUGCAAUCUGGUGUCAAGUGUAAAUGUUUGUAAAAAGGGUGUCACAUGCUGUGUUAAAUUUUUUAUCGAAUAUAAGACAAAUACGGGCUGUGUAGUAAAUCCUCAGAUAUUAAGUUGUUUUUGAAUACUUAUUGCUAAAGUUAUAGCAAAUCCUAGUCCAGAGGUGAAACCGAGGCCAAUAACUGCAACUCGACAAGUCACAGAGGGAUUAUCAUAAUGUGCCGACUGGAAAUCUGGCAACCGAGUGUAAUUUGCUUGAUUUAAGAAAAUAACUUUUAUUAGAUUUUAUGAAUUGUUAUUGACAAUGGGUUUAGCCUCAAACUUUUUGCUCCAAAAAAAGAAUUUGUUCUAGUUAAGUAUAUUUCUCUUAUAUAAAAAGGUUAGAGGGCAUUGUUUAAUCUCCAGCAUACGAAGUCAUUUAAUGUGAUUCAAUCAUGAAAGAACUUCAUUGUACAAUAUGAGUAUCUAGUGUCAGAAUAACCUGGGAUUAUCAAUCCAAACAUUUAUUCUCUUUUCUUGUACAAUAGAACGAGGCUAAAAAUAUCAUUUCAGUCAUCUAUUAACAAACCCGGCUCAGGAGCAAAAACAUAUAUAUUAUUUAGCAUUGAGGAAUGAGGUAGUGGCAGAUUAAGAAAAGCACACCUGUGGAGAAACUGAUUUUCUCACAUUUGUUUCAAACAUGCCCAAUUUGCUUCUAUUCCUACAUGAUAGAAUAACACCUGGUUCUGAAGUACUUCCAUUAAUUUUUCUCACAAGGGGGCUUCCAUGGCCUCUGCUUAAAAAGAUGAUCUGUAUUUGAUUUUUUAUUUUUUUUACCCAAGAUCCAUCAAUAAAUAAGUGUAAGAAA